CCCCCACAACGAACACAUCGCCUUCACAAAUUCAUUCCUCAACAACAAAUCUUUUACCUACCUAGCACUUUCCGAUUCGAAUUUCAAAACUUUUAAUAUUGUCGCGCAAACUUAAAACACGAUUCAUCCAUGUCCACUCCUCCCAGAUAGAUCACCUUUCAUCUUGAACAAGAUUGAGAGGUAGCUCUGCGGGAGUGGGUCUGCGCCAAAAUACAACUAUCUUCGAUGGUCAAUUCAAGAGGGGGGACUUUCACACCUUCACCGGCGCAAACAAUUGUGACAGGAGUUAGUCAUUCACCUCACGGCUCGCAUCAUAGUACAUUCAGUGCUGGCGCAAGUCCAUCUACAAACAGUCCAAUCGGUGCCAGCGGAGUCAAUAAAAUUGUCGUCGCUCAGGUUUACCUAUUACUCGGUACCAUUAAAGAAGAUAAAGAUCGCACAAAGUGGGAACAGCAAGCUGAACAGCUCAGAAAGGUGUGUAAACUGAGUACCCUCGUUAUUUCAACCUCCUAGUCCCAUCUAACAUGAAGCUUGUUGUAGCUAGUUGAUGAGCACGGCAUGGAAGUAUUCUCAAAAUACUUCAGCCGACUUGUGGUUGGCAACGCACCGCAGAUAUUUCCCGGCAUUAAUCGACCCGUUCUUAAUUCAGGCAACUACCAGAUCUUAGUGAAUGAAGUACACAAGGUAGCCCAUGAUGUCGACCAGGCUGGGAAGAUUGCGGAGUCCAUAGAGACGGGGAAUGAAGAUAUCUUUCGUGAUUUUGACCUUUCGACCUUUAUGGAUCAUUUUAAGCUAGAUGCGCUCGAGAAGACUAUUCUAGCACUUGCCUUCAAAACUGGAUCAAGGUCAGAUCUCAAAACAAAAGGUUACUAAUUUCUUCUCCUUAACCAUCCCUCCCUCUCCAUCAAAAGCUAACAGCUCCGCAGCUGAUGCUAUCCUAUCGGCCAAUUACCAAGGCUUUGUCGAAGCUCUAUCUCAGGUGAAUCAAGGUCAAGAAGAUCUUACUCCCUCCUUCCUCGCCACGAUAGUCGAUCGAUUUAUCCAAGGUCAUCCACCGAAUUUUGAUCAUCAAGCGCAAAUUCUACUCUUUCGGGCAAUCAACUACCGCUUUCGCGACCACCCAGAACAAGAUAUUCCUGCACCCACAGAAGUUCUCGCAGCGCUUUUCCUAAUGUCGAUAAUCACAGAAGGCAACCCACUGAUAUUAUAUAUACAAAAUAUUGGGGCUGCAUUCACCUCGGAUGAGGAUGCAUGUAGAAAUCACAUUCGAAACGCCGGUGAUAUCAACCUCGAUGAAGCACAAGUAGCUGCUGCCUUACUCUAUACUGCCAUCAGUCGAACCCCCACAUUCUCUUCGCAAGUAUUGGUUAACAGUCUUCGCAAGGAGGUCCCUCCAGGGUUCAGUUGGUGUCAAGUUGUACGGCACUUUGAUACACCAGACCUCAGAAUAUCUCCACAACAAUUCUUAGCAGUGUACGAAGCUAUUCGACCGAUUGCCCUUGAAGAUCCUGCAAUUAUCCCGCAACUCCUCGGUGGUGCCUGGCAAAAUACUGAAACCCAGCUUUCCUUCAUCAGUGCAUACGCGUCACUGAGCCCGAACGAGCUUGAUGCCUCCACCAUUCCAAAGCUCAGGCCAUCGUUCACACUAGAAGACUAUGUCGAUGCGAAGCCAGAGAUUCGAGAACGUGCUGAAUGGGCAAUAAGGCAUCCGCUUGUGUCCGUUAUUACGCUAACAUCAGUAUUUAUCGUUGCCCUCAGAGAGCCCCACUGCUCGGAAACUGUUGAAGCUAAACGAUUGUUCCAAGAAGUGGUCGUGCCAAAUUUAGACAUAUUCCUGGUCUCAGCAUUCGGCGUACCGCGGCCGUGGCCUGAUCUAGCAGUAGAGACAAUCAACAACCUUUUCGAACGCUUUCUAUUCAGGGUUGAUGGCAACUAUGACUUCGUCUUAGCAAGUUUGUGGCGAAAAGAUAAGACCUGGGUGGCACAACGCUUGAUGGAUGCACAUGUUAAAGCGCCCCUCGAGCUUCCUCUUAUACUGGAGCAUGCAAUAAAACAUGAUUGGCUCCAGGAAUUGGCCUCGAUGCUCAAUGGCUUUGGGCUCGACCUUGCUGCCCUAGCACAUUCCCGCAACUUACUGGAUCUCAAAGACUGGAAGGCCACAAAUUCGCCACGGGAGGAAGAACUCGGCUCGGCUUUGUUGACAUUCCUGAGCAUCAAAGCUCAACACGAGCUUGCAUAUCAGCGUACCCAACGAGAACACAGUAUAAUGUUACCUGUCAAAACUGUAUUCGCAAUGUUAAAUGUCUUGGAGGAAAUCUUACCAAAAGAGCCUUCAGCACAAUUGAUCGCAGUACAGCGAACUUGUAUCACUGCCUACCCUCGCCUGAUUAACUAUGGCCAGGAUGACGAGCUAGACCGAAUUAUUGAUAAUAAUGGUUCGGUAACCAACAUGCUUAGCGAGGACGCACAGCACAUGAUGGAACAGCAUUAUAAGCAAAUGUAUAGCCAAGAGCUCAAGGUUCGACAGAUUGUUGAUGCAUUAGCUGGAUACAAAUCUGCCCGUGAUCCCUACCAACAAGAUGUGUUUGCCUGUAUGAUCCAUGGUCUUUUUGACGAAUAUACCCUCUAUUCCACCUAUCCAUUAGAGGCUCUUGCAACCACUGCUGUCUUGUUUGGUGGAAUUAUUCAGGAUAAGCUCAUCGCCGAUCUUCCUCUUGAGAUUGGUCUAGGCAUGAUUCUUGAAGCGGUUCGAGAUCACCUUCCAGAGGAAUCAAUGUACAAAUUUGGAUUGCAAGCUUUGCUCCAAUUCACUCCUCGUUUACCGGAAUGGCCUGGAUUCUGUCAUCAGUUGCUGCAAGUACCUGGUCUUGAAAAUACAGAACCCUGGAAAAAGGCACAGAAUGUCAUCCAUGACCAACAAGAAGACAUGUUACGCAACGGGCACAACGACUUGAUGAAUGGGGGCGGAAUCACAAAUGGCAAUAUUGACGAAAUGCUGGCCGCUGAGCCUGCUGCACCUCCGUUUACCUCUGUUAACGUGGAUUCGCUUCCUUCCAAUGCAGACUUCAAAGACCCGGACGACGAUGCACAGGACAAAGUCCAAUUCUUGUUAAACAACAUCACUGAGCUUAACAUAGGAUCGAAGUUCGUCGAGUUAAAAAACGCCCUUGGUGAGACGCAUCAAAAAUGGUUUGCUGGUCACCUAGUUGAGGAACGGGCUAAGAUUAUGCCCAACUACCACGAACUAUAUCUUGGUCUUGUCGAACUUUUCGAAGACAAGGUUUUGUGGAAGCUGUUGCUGAGAGAGACCUUUAUCAGUGUUUCAAGGCUGCUUAAUGCUGAAAGCACUCUGCAGUCGUCAAUAGAGCGCACGCAUUUGAAGAAUCUCGGUGGCUGGUUGGGCUCUAUGACACUGGCAAAAGAUAAGCCUAUCAAACACAGGAAUAUCGCUUUCAAACAACUAUUGCUCGAGGCUUGCGACACACAACGACUCAUUAUUGUCAUUCCAUUCGUUUGCAAAGUUCUCAUUGAAGGUAGAAAAUCGGUUGUCUUCAAACCUCCCAACCCGUGGCUUAUGGAUAUCAUUCACCUCUUGAUUGAGUUAUAUCACAAUGCGGAGCUUAAGCUAAACCUCAAGUUUGAAAUAGAAGUUCUUUGUAAAGGGCUGAAUCUGGAUCAUAAGAGCAUCAAGCCCUCCACAGAGUUCCAAAGUCGCAUCCCUCCUGUUGAGGAGGCCACCGAGACAAUGGCAGUACCCGAUGGCUUGGAUAGAUUUGAAAACCUUUCUGUGAAUGGCUUAGGAGGCGGAAUCGCCAGUGGCAGAUUUUCUCCACAAGAGAUCCUUGCUACCAUGCCUGAUCUUGGGCCUCUUCUUACUUACCCGCCCAGCAACGACAUGGUGAACACACGCCAAUUGCAUGAUAUUCUCAAAACGGCCAUUACACGAGCAGUUCAUGAGAUCAUUUCGCCUGUUGUGGAACGCUCCGUUACUAUUGCUGCUAUCUCGACAGCUCAGAUGAUACACAAAGACUUCGCAACGGAACCCAACGAAGCUCGCGUACGCUCUGCAGCUAUCAACAUGGUUAAGAAGACUGCCGGUAGCCUUGCCUUGGUCACUUCCAAAGAGCCAUUGCGUGCAAGCAUGACAAAUUACAUUAGAACAUUAUCUGUUGAACAUCAGUUACCUGAGGGAACUAUAAUCAUGUGUGUAAAUUCGAACCUCGACUUGGCCUGUAGCCAAGUUGAGAAGAAGGCCGAGGAGCGGGCUGUUCCUGAAAUCGAAGAGAUACUCGAGCCAGAGUUGGAAGCCCGCCGUGUUCACCAUAUGAGACGACCGGAUGAUCCAUAUAUUGAUCCACAACUAAGCCGUUGGGCGUGGACAAUUCCAAGCCCAUAUAAGUUGCAGCCGUCAAUGACUGGCCUCAAUCAGGAGCAAAUGGCCAUAUACGAUGAGUUCGCUCGUCAGCCACGACUACUACCGAUAGCCGAUAGGGGCUCAGUAGCAGGCUCUUUGGCCGGUACCACUCAUGUUGCUACAGCUUCAGAUGCAACUACAUCAAUCACCAAUGAUCUCUUACGGGAUCAAUUUCCAGCUGUUCCAAACCUCCCAACGCCUGCUGAGACCCCUGCGAUGCCACUUAUCAGCAAUCAGCAAGCUCCUUACAGCCAACCUUCGGCUGCUUUGUCAAAUGGAAGAAUGCCAAAUAUGGCUAUGAACCCCCAAGGGCUACCAGAAAAGGUACAAAGGCUAUUGGCUGACUUACAACAAACUACUGCAGAUAUUCCCGAGCAGCACUAUAUGGAUCUUCCUCGACCACAUCCCGUCAUUGAGAUUCUGGAUGCUUUGUACAGCUUGAUUAUCAGGAGCCAGCAAGGGCAGGAACCUUAUGAUAUCUGGAUUGCAGAACAAAUCUGUGGAAUAGUUUUCAGUGGCAGUGAAAACACUUUGGUGAUUGAGUGCUUAGUACAUGUCCUCGAGAACAUCAUCAGAAUCGGCGGUCGUUGUGCUGUCCGCGUUUCUAUGAUCAUUGGACAGCAAGUUGGAGAAGCACUUCUCCAUGUGCCAUUGAUCGUUGCAUUAGUCAAGGCUGAGAUGAUCGAUUGGGCACGUGUCGACUUAGCCACCUCUACAGCUUUGGCUGAGCGCAAAGAAGGAACACUAGAAUUUUUUUUCUCCCUAUUGGAGCAGGUUUUCUUAAACGAUCGACCACUAGCAUUGUAUACUGAUGUCGCGAAAAGUUUGGAAGUCGCUUUCGAAUGGAUUUCAAAAGAGCCUACUUUGGAAGUUGGCCAACAACUUAAGGAGAAGCUCGCAGGUUCUGCCCUUCCAAAAAUUGUCGGUCGCAGCCAGGAUUAUCGUCUUGCACACCGUCAAGAUCAAAUGGAAUAUGUCUUCGAGGAAUGGGUUCACUUGUUUAGCAAUCCCAUUGCUCCGGAAAGGGCCGCGCUUGUUUUUAUAUCUCACAUGUACAACAGGCAGCUUAUCAACGACAAAGAAGACCUGUGCCUGUUUUUACGUCUUUCAAUUGACACAUCGGUGGAACGUUUCGAACAGCAAUUUCAAAUGCAUGGCUUCCUCAACGAUGCCUACGUCCCUACCGAUGCAUUAGCAAAGCUUAUAUCUUUAUUGAUUAGGGGCUAUGAGCGCGAGGGUGAAGUGAAAGGCGACAAGGCUGCUUUCCUGGAAUCGAUUCUGUCCGUCAUAACAUUAGUUUUGAAUCAUCACCAUGUCAUGCGUGGUGAAGGUUUCAAUCAGAAGGUCUUCACAAGGCUUUUCUCUUCGAUACUUUUUCACUUGAACACCUUCUCAGCGGACUUAUCUGAAACCGAGAACCGUGAAAUUAUCUUGACAUUUGCUGAGAAGCUCAUCAAGCUUCAGCCAGCUUAUUUCCCAGGCUUUGUAUACGGUUGGAUGACCUUGAUCUCCCACCGUUUCUUCCUUGUUCCAUUGUUGGGACUUCCAGAUGACAUGGGAUGGCAGCCAUUUGCGAAACUUGUUGAAUGUUUGCUCUCUUACAUGGGCGAACUACUGAAGCCACUACAAUUAUCCUCAGCAGCACGGGAUAUUUACCAAGCGACCCUGAAAUUCUUUGUUGUAUUACAACACGAUUAUCCUGAUUUUGUAGUCGCACACUCCUCAAAGUUAUGCGCCAAGGUACCAAGUCAUUGCGUGCAGUUGUUGAAUCUCAUUCUUAGCGCUCACCCAACCAUGCCUACGUUACCAGAUCCAUUACAGCCAGGCUUGAAGAUUGAACGCAUUGAAGAGAUUCGCCUAUCACCAGAGAUCGUCAACAAUGCCGACAUUGAGCGUACCUUACAAUCGACCGGUCUAUUCGAAAUCGUUGAACAAGCCUUACAAAAUGGCCCUUCAGAAGAUGCUGUGGCCCACAUCACACACACUAUACAACGUAAGCAAGCAGAUGUGACCAGUGCAGGAUUUGUUCCCGUCAAUGUUGACUUGCAGCUGAUCGAGUCUCUCGUCUUGCACAUCUGUAUGUACGCUGUAACAAGGGCAAGACAAAAGGGAGAGCUCAACAGUUUUGCUCGCAAUUCCACUGACGCUGCCUUGAUCUCGAUGCUUGUUCAUGAACUUAAUCCAGAAGCUCGAAACUAUCUUCUAACUAGCAUGGUCAAUCAACUUCGUUUCCCCAACGCACAUACACAUUAUUUUGUGCAAGCGCUUCUGGAAUUAUUUGGGAAUGAUGUCAAUGAUCAGGAGGAGUCAGAUAUCAGUCAACAAAUCCUUCGAGUUUUAUUGGAAAGAGCAUUCAUCUCCCUGCCAAUCCCUUGGGGCGUGCUUAACAUGGUCAUCGAACUCGUGAAAAACGAGAAAUACACAUUCUUUGACUUGCCAUAUAUCAAGUCGACACCAGAUGUAAGACCCCUCGUUCUCCCACGCUACUCAAAUGACUAACAAACAUCAGGUCGCUGAUCGAAUUGCUGUUAUCGUGCAGCGAUCUCUUUCAAGAUAAGAUUGCACACCAUCAAAGAUCUGGAUAGUUUGGUUCUGGCACAAACAUAUAGAUGUGUCACACCCGACAUUAAAAUAUCCAAGAUCUGUCUCCUCAUUGUUACAUAACCUCUCAGGUCACAUUCGGCGUUCAUGUUACAGAUCUUUCCGGUUUGUCUACUGCAUAGCGAGUGAAGGGAAUUGGGAUUUUGCAAGAUCUGCUAUACUUAUGGUGGGAAUAGGGAACGAUAAAAACUUCUAUUUAAUGCAUCUUACAUGAUUAAUGUUUCCUUGCCUACCUUCUGUAUGACAGAAAAUUAACGGUUGGCAAAAGUUCUGGUGGCGUGGGGAAAAAGAGAGAUAUGGCGUGGGAAUGGUUUGGCUUACUUGCUUUUAUGUGGGAAGACGGCAAACCUUUUAUGUAUCAUACAAUGGAGUUCACUUAUUUUUCUGGAAUAAUUUCAUUUGUGAUGAUUGUUUACUCUUUCGUAUGGGGGUUUGGUAGUGACAUUUUCUUAUGGGUCAUCAUUACUAUGUCGAGGUGUUCAAAAUGCUCUUUUCAGCUUUUAGUUCAAGUAAUUGACGUAGAUAUUCUCAUUGUAAUUGGGGCUCGGAGUCUCUGAGGUGGAAGUUGAGCGUUUAGUAGCUUGGUAUGCUUAGCUCUACAUUCUUGCCCUGGUUUAGGUUUUCUGGGAAGGGCUGUUAUACAAAUCUUUACUAGAUGCAUGCAGUAACUCCUUUGCAAUAGAUUGAAUAUAAGCG